AGCGAGUGAGCGUGUGGACACCUCUAGCAACCAAACGAGGACAAGCAAACUAUAAGGUUUCGUCGGGUGGUAAAGAAGAUCACUUGACCGCUUUAUAUCCGGUUUCCGUCUUUUCCCAGUCGCCUUUUUCGCGUUACUUUCUUCCUACGCGUUUCAGUUUUGCUUAUAUUGAAAAUUGACAACACAUCGGUAUGAUGAGGAUUCACAUUUAUCUUGCGUUACACCCGAGUUGCUUUGCACGGUAGCGGAAAGGGGCGGAAGCCUCGCGGGGUCGUGUUACCCCGCGCCUUGCUUUUUUCAGGAGGAAUGGGGUGGCAAAGCGGGGGUGGGUGUUGAAAUGCCAACUUUGUGGAAACGGAUCGUGUUCUCCUUCGGUUCUAUACUCAGCAUUGGUUCUGUGGUGCUUCUCGUUGUGGCGCUCUCCACCGAGCGCUGGAUUACCGGAACCACCCUGUGUCAGACUGGAGUGGAUUUGGUGAACGCGUCUAACCCGGAGCUCGAGCAGUUCACGGGACAUAUUUACUACGGGCUCUUUCAGGGCGGGAAAACGCGGAGGUGUGGACUCGGUAUUCGCCGCUCCAAAAUAUACUUGUUCCCAAACCUCGUUAAAAAAAUCAAUGGUGGGCUUCACAUGGUCAUACUCUUCUUCAUUUUCAUCGCUAUUGGCUUUGCUUUGGUCAGUUUAGCAUUCUGUAUAUAUAAUGCCAGGAAAGUUCCUUAUCAAUCUAUGAAAGGACCAUUGGGCCUCUACCUCUGGAAUUUCAUUGCAGCUCUGUUCAGCGCAAUGGGUUUGGCAUGUUUCCUCGCAGCAGUUCAGUGCCAUGAUCUUACAGAGCGUGUUGCUAACCACAAAGAAAGCCUAUUUCGCCUUGUGAUUCUUGAAGAGAGUCUCGGCUUUUCCUUCUGGUUGUGUGUUUCCAGCGCUGUUACACAUUGUGCUAACAUUCUUGUAGUAGCCUCCAGCAAAAUCCACCUGCCUAAAAUACAGACUAAGAAACCAGAAGAACCCACAGCGACAGGAGACGAUUUCCUCUACUGAGGAACAGAGACAAGCUAAACUGUCUGACUGUUGAGGUCAUUGAGUGAACUCUGUGAGGAAGCCAAACAGAAUGUUCAUGCACUGAUGUCUGUUGGAUGGUUGAUGUAGGAUGAUAGGGCUGUGACCAUGAGGGUUUCUUAAAGACCACUAUGUGGCAAAUAAGCAAACAAUCCACACAGAUUUCCAGGGCUUCCAAACCAAAAUGUGAAGUUGUAUACUGUAUAUAUUUUUUAAGUUCAAUAUUAAUGUUGUCUAAAGUAUAAUUUUAGAGUAUGAGUUUUAAACAUGAAACAUUUACUGUAUAUAUGAAAUAUUUUGAUCUUGAGCCAUUUGAAACCAGCAUAUAAAAACAUGAUACUAAUUAUAAAAUAGAAUAUUAAAGAAACAUUCAUAAUUUUACUUUACUUUGAUUUCACUUUGCUGUGACUGGACUGAACAGGUCAAGUGUAUUUUUAUGCAAGUAGAAUAUAAAGGUUGCAUUGGUAAUUUAAAAGUCUUUUACACUGUUUUACAAUGUAGUCAUUUUAUAUACUGCUUUAGUUUGUCAGUUUGGAAAUAUACAUUUUUAGUCAUAAUGGACUAACUUCAAAGAGUAGAUCCAUUACAUAAAAAAUUGAGAAGCUAA